CACACUGUGCAAAUUUCGCAAGCUGCACACACUUCUAUUCAGGGGCAUUAUGAGGAGUCCUCCUCCUGAAUUUUCACUAGCAUUCAGAGAUGGCGGUUUGGCAGGAGUACGAGACUUGACACUGUCCGAUUAUCGGCUGAUGCCGGACGAUACUUUGCUCACCAUUUCUGAGGGGUGUCCAGAGCUGCAGACCCUGACACUGGACGGUUCUUCCAGACCUACGGAUGGAUUUUUUGAGCCCCUCUGCAAGUUUAAAAAGCUGGAGACAUUAAGAAUAAGUAAUAACUGUACUGAAAGAGGAGAGCUCUUAAAACAUGUUGCCCGGAUGCCAGCACUGUCCUCACUGAGCUUUACCUGUACUGAUUUGCCGGGUAUGGAAUACUUGCUCGAUAUGCCAGGGCUCCAGUACCUUUCCUUCCACCAUAUUUCGGGUUAUCGCAUACCAUUUGACAGCUUCCCAGGAAGACUUGUAAAUCUCAGAGAGCUAGUAUUUGUCCGCUGUUUUGGAGACCAAAGAAAAGUAGAUGAAAUGUGUGCUCUGAUGCCAGAUGUGAAGGUAGAAGGAACGCUGAUGGCGUGGAAAUGAAAAUGUUUUGGUUUUGGAUUCUGA